AAGAUGCAGGGCCAUGUUGCAGGGAGCCGGGCUCCUUUGGGCCUGCUCCUGGUCUGUCUUCAUCUCCCAGGCCUCUUUGCCCGGAGCAUCGGUGUAGUGGAGGAGAAAUUUCCCCGAGACUUGGGGAUCAACCUGCCUCUGCUUGGACAACCUUCCUUGACCAGCCCCUCCAACUUGGAACAUCCUCAGCCCAAACCAGACGCUGGGCCUAAUGAUUCAGCAAGGGCUCCUCUGAAGCCCAAUCCUCCUCCAUCACAUGGCUCUCAACCUGCAGGAGGUGCUGGGGUACAGAUGUGGCCCCCAUCUGGGGAGCUGCCCUCCAUGGAUUCCUGGUCCUCGGAGGACCCUUGGCUGAUGAUGCCUGCUGUGGUCGAGGACCAUGUGGGAGAAGAGCUGCCUGAAGAACCGUCCUACUUUUCUAGUGCGGCUGCCCUCCCUCCGGGCAGUGGGCCUUUGCCUGCAGAGCCCUCUGCACACCCCGCGGACCCCUCACCCGAGGCUUCACUCCUCCAGCAGGACUCUGAGUCUAGAUGGCAACUCCGCUCUAAUGUGCCGGGCGCCCAGAGAAAAAUCCUUGCCCGACCCGGUCCCUGGUCUCCCCUCAAUGGGAUUCGAUGGCCACUUCGGCCUGGUUACCCCUGGGGGGCCCUGAAUCCCAGUGUACCUUGGGGAGGUGGAGGUCCUGGCACUCCAUGGGGACCAAGGCCCUUGACGUACCCUGUGGGAAUCUGGGGUAACAGUAAUCAAUACCCAAGAACUACCUGGGGGUAUCCCGAUAUCAGAUGGAGGAUUAUUAAUUGGUAUCCAGGUACUAGCUGGAAGAAUAUUCAUCAACACCCAGGCAUUAAUCAAUUUCCUGCCAGAGUUCUCCGUGCUUCUGGCUCUUAUUAGAGCAUCCCAGCCGGCUUUCCCAAUCCUCAAAACCCUGGGUCAUAA